AUGAGCGAGGGUCUAGGGCAGAGAGUUCGAAGCAAGCUCGCGACUUCUAGCAACCCAGAUCUGGCCUCCCAGCGACCACGAGCCACAGCGCCUCGACCACUCCAGGAGCCACACUACCUCGGGGGCCACACUCCAGCAGCUACACCACCUCAGAGGCCACACUCCAGGAGCCACACCACCCCAGAGGCCACACUCCAGGAACCACACCACCUCUACCACACUCCAGGAGCCACACCACCUCAGAGGCCACACUUCAGGAGCCACACCACCUCAGAGGCCACACUUCAGGAGCCACACCACCUCAGAGACCACACUUCAGGAGCCACACUCCAGGAGCCACACCACCACAGAGGCCACACUCCAGGAGCCACACCACCAGCUCACGCCAUGUUCAAGUUAAUGCCAGCAGCCCCUGAGCCGCGCCGCCAGAAGAAGGGAGGGAUCAAGGGGGCCAUUUUAAACAUAUAUUACGACCCUUUUAAAUGGUCUUUAGUGAAGAGUUUCCUGUUCUUCAUUGCUGGUGUGAAGACAGCCAAUGAUUUUGUUGGCUUUGAUCCUAUGAGUCCAAACACCCCAUAAAUAAAAUGUUACUAGUAAAUCAGUGAAUGUGGUUUCUAGAAAUUAGUUUUAGUGAAAUAUUUUAAAUAUAAAAUUUGACAAUACAAUGUGUUUGAGGCCCUAGAAGCUGUUAAGCUUUCAACAAUGCAUAUUUUCUCCAAAUUUGUUCCAGCAAAUUUUAAGCAAUAUUCAGUUUAAACCAUGAAUAUUCCCUUAUUAUAUUAAAGAAACUAGUGGAUUUGAGAAAAACAGUAUUGUAAAAAGUUAUGUGCAUGAGUAACUUGUCAAAGAUUCUAGACUGAAGGGAGGUUUUGUUCAGUACUGUAUGUAUAUAGUUUUUUGUUAAUAUUAUAAUGAAUUAGCAAAUUGGAAGACAGCAAAAAUAAGUUUGUGGUUAAGCAUAAUAUGGAAACCCUCAGUCUGUUUAAAUGCUUUAUUUGGGGAUAAUAAUUAGGGCAGCCAGUAGAUCCUUCCUCCACAUGUUACCACCACCUACACCUGUAUUCAUGUCUCUGU